CAUAAUGCUGCGCCAGUGAGAGCUGUGUGGAAUUGAACCCAUCAGUAUUUAAUGUGUUUAAAUCGAUUAUUUUCCACAGCGUAUUGCAGAUUAAGUUCAUUAUUCUCAUCAUCUUAAACAUGAGAUCUGCGUGACACAUGAUAAACAUGGAGUUUAUUAAAGAAGAAAGUGAAGAAAUAAGAAUCCCAGACCCAUGCAAAGCGAAAGAUGAAGAUACUGAGAAAAAAAUAGACCUGAUGCUGCAGAAAGAUGAAAGCCAAGAAGCGAAUGAAGUGGAGGAGAAACACCAUGAUUUCACCAGUGGAGAAAAAUCCUUUAGUUGCACAGAGACAGAAAAUAAUUGCUCAGAAAAAAGAACUCAGAAAACGAGAUCUAAAAGUUCUUUCACUUGCCAUAAAUGUGGAAAGAGUUUCUCACGUGAAAGACACUUUCGUAGCCACAUGAGAAUUCAUACUGACGAGAUCCCAUUUACCUGCCAACAGUGCGGAAAAAGUUUCCAGAGUGAAGGACACCUUCGUAUCCACACAAGAACUCACACUGGAGAGCGACCGUUCAUUUGCCCUCAGUGUGGAAAGUCUUUCUCACACAAAGGAAAUCUUAAGUGUCACAUACGACUUCACACCGGAGAGACGCCUUACACGUGUCUUCAGUGUGGAAAAAGUUUCGCUCAACAAAGACAGCUGAAAAGUCAUUUGCAACUUUAUUGUGGAGACGUACUGAAGUGUUCGGAGUGUGGCAAGAGGUUUGCAGACAAGAUCAACUUCUUCAACCAUCUGCGCAUUCACCCUGCAGAAAGGCUGUUUAACUGCGAUCACUGUAGUAAAAAGUUUCUUUUUCAGUCUCACUUAGAGAUACACAUGAGAAGUCACACUGAUGAGAGAACUUAUUUGUGUUCUUUGUGCGGAAAGGGUUUUAAAUGGCUCGGCAAUUUGAAAUCACACCAGAAAAUGCAUGCUGGUGUGAAUGCCUGUGCCAGAGCGAGCUACUUGAAACCGCAGCAACAAAUCCAUACUGGAGAAAAAACAGACAAGGAUUCAAAGAGCACAGAGACUUACACUUCCUCGGAAACUUCAGAAACACAAGAACGGGCGCCUGCUGGAGAGGAGCUAUACAGCUGCUCUUCAUGUGGGAUGAAUUUCAGCACAUCAAUUUUUCUAUUGGCUCAUAAUAAAAGGCACUGUCAGAAGUAGCCAAAAUAAAUGUAAAUGGUGUAAAAUUACUUUUUUUUUUCUCCCAUUAAACAGUACUUUGAUGCAAAUUCUGCAUAGAAAGCUUAAAAGAGGUCAAUAAACUUGUAUGGCUUUGCAAUACCACAAUGUUUGAAGGGAUGUUUUUUGUUCAUGUUGGAUUGUGGACUAGCAUGAAAUUAAUAUGGCAAGGUUAGUUACGUUGCACAUCUCAUACACAUUAGUGACAGACAUUCAAAAGAAUGUAAAAACUUUUUAAAUCAUUUAAGAACAAACAAAAGAAAAAGAAAUGCAUUCAUCAAACA